AUGCCUCUCUGUGGCACAGACACCGCACCCAAGUUUGACGGCACCGCAACUCGUCUUCUCACGUACCUAGAAGAUGCUGACCUACUCGGCGACCACGCCAGUUUAGACGCAGAAUCACGCAUUAAAGCCACAAUCCGAUAUGCCCCCGUCGAAGAAUCCGAGACAUGGGAAAUGCUCGACAAGGCUAAGGGAAAAGAUUGGAAAAAGUUCUACAAUGCACUCAAACUCCUGUACCCGGGAUGUGAAGGUGAUCGCCACUACACUCAGAACAACCUGGAAAAUCUCUGCAAGGAACAGUCACGCAUCCCCAUUCGCACGCACGACGAGUUCGGAACGUAUUAUCGGAGCUUCUUGAAGUUAUCUAAGUUCUUAAUGAUGAACAAGAGGCUUGCCGAGCUCGAGCGCGACAGAUUGUUUUUGGACGGUAUUCACGAGACCGCUAACACUACCAUUUGCAGGCGUCUAGAAAUCAAGAUGAUAGAUCACCACCCGGAUGAACCAUACCCGAUGGAUCAGGUAUACACCGCAGCAGUAUUCCUGCUACCUGGAACUGCGGCAGUUAUCAAUACCAGCAUCGCAUCUCCUUCGCCAGGUCAGCCAUCUCGGACGACAACAACA